GUGGGUAAUUUGGUCUUGUUUGUUGACAGUUUAAAUCAUUUGUGAUUUGUGUGACAGUGUGCAGACUGGACUUGUAUUUUUUUUUAUUUAAUAAAAAAUUAUGAAUAGUAAAAAAAGAAAAACAGGGAGCAUAUCCCAAGAUCAAAAGAAAAAGCUGAUCCAAUUUAUGGAACAAAAUCUUGAUCUUCGUUCUGGUAAAUUUACCAAAAAUUUUACAUUCAAAACAGGUCAAGAGUUAUGGAUGCAAAUAACCCACAUAUUAAAUAGUCUUCCUGAAAAAAAAAAAAGGUUGGCGGCAAUGGAAAAAGACAUGGGCAGAUAUUAAAGUCCAUACAAAGAAAAAAAAUGCACUUAUUAAAAAUUAUCGAGUUACCACUGAAGGAGGUCCAACUCUACCGAUAGAUAAAAUUCUUACUACUGAAGACAAAAAGUAGUAAGCAUGAUUGACCCUUUAUUAAUUGAUGGUCUUGAUAUUGAAGAACCAUCAGCCAUGUUUAAUUUUGAACAAGAACCAGAGGAAAAUAGUGAAUUGGAAAUAGAUACGUUCACUCCUCAUUCCGAUUCUGAUAGAGGUGAAGAACAAAACACUAGUACAUCAGAAGAAAAAAAUCACUAUUAUAUUAGAAGAAUAAAACACCAAAACAUUAAUAAACGAAGAAGAGAGAAAAAAAAUUCUGGAAGAGAAAGAAAAUAUUCCAUUGUCUUCAAAAAAAAAAAGUCAGGAAAGAAGUUGUUCCAAGUAACGAGAUUACAAAACACAAUUGCGGCUACUAAAAAGAUGGCAGGUCAAAAUGAAAGACGAUUGACCCAAAAGGAGCAAUACGAGACCAAAAAAUUGCAACUUUAUGAACAAGACAUUGCAGUCAAGACUCGUAUUGCUACAGUUUUGGAAAAAAUAUUGGAGAAAAUGUUUUAAGUAUUAUAGAAUAUUUCAUUGUUAUGUGUCAACAGCCUGUCCUAUUUUAUUUUUAUUUAUGUUUUUCUGCUAAUAAAGUUCAUUUUUUUGUA